AUCCAAGAAUCUCCCAACUCACAAAGAGUAUAGUAGUGAUUUGUCUCUCCAUCCACCUUUGCAAAAACACCUCAAAAAAUUGAGGAAGAAAACAGAAAAAUAGAAAAAAUGGAGGUGGCUAUGUCUUUGAAUCCUCUUGUUAGAUUACCUCUUUCAAAUUCAAGAACCCAUGAAGAAUUUUCAGUGCUAAAACAUUCCGUUGUUUCGACAACAAAUAGAAGAAUUCAGAAGAGGAAAUUGUUAGUGGUUGAAGCAAAAGGAAGAAAAGGAGGUAUGGCUGCUCGUCAGUACCAACGUAUGGCUCCUCCUAUGCCCAAGAUUGAAGAUGAUGGAAACCCUAAAUUCGUUAUUUUUAUACGAAUGGCUAAUGUUUACCUUUGGUACCCCCUCAAUAUCAUAACAGGUGGCACAACUGCAAAAAUUAUGGUUGCUGCAAAAGACAACUUUCUUGGGAAAUAUAUAUACAAAGAUACUCUAGCUAGGAAUCUCGCAGCAGUGAUUUACAAUGACGAGAAGGAAAUAAAGAAAUUGGCAAUGAAACAGCAUCGUGUAUUGAAGUCUGCCACAGAAUUUAGAUAUGGAUACAAACUUGUCGAGAAUAACAAUUUGAGAGCUGCCCUUUCGACCUCAGAUGUGAUUGAGCUUCCGACACCAGAUAAGCUUAAAACAGUUGUUGAUAAGGUGAAGGAUUUCUUCGGAGACGCUAAGGAGUCAUUUGGUAAGCUGACAGCUCUUCCAGAGUCAUCAGAGGAAGAUUCACCAAAAGAUAACACACCUGCGAAGAAGUGAAUACGAGCCCCCACAGACGAGGAAAACUGAGGAACUAUACUUCAAAGCAUACUUGUUAAACAAAAAGUUUUCAGCCUAUUGAUUUUCCAUGCUUUUGAUUGAUUAGAUUGUAAUAUACUCAAAAACGCUACUGGUAUUUUUUGUUAAAUAGCGCCUCAGUUUGGUUAGAUAAAUGCACGAGUCUUUUGUUAAUGUUUAUAAUCCA